CAUCUGGUGCAGGGAAUAAUAACCGUUAAUCCAGGCCAUAAAAACACGAUUCCGAAACAGAUUUACCCAAGGAAAUAUUCGCAAAAUAAACUAAGGAAACCCGGCACAGCUGCACUUUUUGCAACAGAAUUUAACCUUUUUUCGAUACCUGUUGCCGAAAUCCGCGUGAAACAAUGGCCGCCGGAUUUCGUCCAUACGAUCAGGACUACUCCUCUAACCUUACAAAUAGCGAGGCUCCGGGUAUUAGCAUGUCAGUCGUUCGGAGAACGGAGCCGCUAUACUUUCAUCCGCAGACUGCGAUCCUGCCAACCGUCCAGUACUCGCAUCCGUAUCACCAGUAUCUGAGUCAAUUUGCCCCGAACUUUGUGCCCUACUACUACGGCCUGCUCUCGCGGCCAAUAAUGAAGCAGGAGGAGAUGGACAUCGAGAACUACAUCAACUUCGAGGUGGCCUCCCAACAGACGAUGAUGCGCCAGAGGACCAUGAAGCCCCUGGGUCAACUGCAGAUUCAAAUGCCGCCUCCCAUAAAGGUUGACCACCUGGUGAAGCCAGUCCCGGUAAAGCCACUUCCUGUCCGCCGGAGUUCGCCGCCCAAACGUCGCAUUAUCAAUGCCCAACUGGUGGCCAUAGCCACCGCAUCCGGGGGCAUCAAGAACAUAGAAUCCAAGGCAGAGCCGCUGCCUCCCGUGGAGGAAUCCUUCAAGCAAAAGGUGGCCAAAAUCCAGAAGAGUCAGCACCACUAUGAGCAGCUCUUUGGGCGCCUCACCUCCAUGCUGAAGACCCUGAAUCAAAGGUACGACAACGAUGCCGAGGAUGUGCCCGCGCCGCCGUCGAAGAGACCCCGCCACAUGUCCACCAGCUCCUCGGAGUCGCAUCUGCAAGACACCGCCUCCGAAAAGGACGAGAAGGACACUCUGGUCCAGUAUCCGCAGCGUGUGCAAAAGGAUGAUGGUAGUGCCGUCUAUGUCCUAGGACCAAACGGCACUCAGAUUACGGCCCAUCAGUACGGCGAGGUCUUCUGGACCAAUGCCCCGGUGGCCACGAGGUGUCUCCUCUGCGUGGUCUUCAGCAGCGAUGAGUUGGCCACCCACACUCUGACUGGGAAACCCUCACCCGCCUUCUACGGCCGGGAAAGACCCCCGAAACUCCAGCUGGACCAGCGCAAAGUGGACGACAUUGUGGUCUGUGUUAGGAACCGGACGGGAGGCAAGGAGCGGGUGAUCCGGGCCACCAUAACCACCAAGUGCGCGGAUACAGCGAAGAAGUACAAGCGACGGGCCAAAAAGGCACAGAAGGUGGCCAUCAAGGAGGAAUGUUAGAUAGAUAUGUAGCUAGAUAUAAUCCAGCUAUGAUUAAACCUUAAAACUUUUAAACGACGCACCAAACAGGCGCAGAAUGCCAUUGUAAAUAUCUAUAAUAUAUAGGUUCUGCUAAAAGUAGCUGCAUCACUUGUCAUAUGAUCUAGCUGUGAUUCAAUAAAUAAACAAAAGGAACAAAA